UGACUAUCGCCGCGCACGGUUGUGUUAUCGCACUUAUCGAGUGGCGUGAUUAUUCGAUAGCGAGUGAUAGAGAAAAUGUACGUCAUGUGAUUGUGGAUUCUUUUUUCGCACGGAGCAGUCACCUGUCGGCCAAGAAAAUACAAUUACGCCUGCAAUUCGACAGUGAACAAAUAGCAAGAUGGCGGCCCAAAUACGCACCGUGGUGUCCCAAACGUUCCUGUGGCUCUUCCUCGCCGUGGCCACCAUCCUGACCCUGUACUUCGUGAUGACGGGCAAGGGCGAGCGGGUGAGCGUGGGCUGGUUCCUGGCCUCCUCGAACCCGUACAUGUGGGCCUGCCUGGGCAUCGGACUCUCCGUCUCGCUGUCCGUCGUGGGCGCCGCCCUGGGCAUCCAUACGACGGGCACGAGCAUCGUGGGCGGUGGCGUGAAGGCGCCCCGCAUCAAGACCAAGAAUCUGAUCUCGGUCAUCUUCUGCGAGGCGGUGGCCAUCUACGGUCUGAUCACCGCCAUCGUUCUGUCCGGACAGCUGGAGCAGUUCUCGAUGGAGACGGCCCUGUCGCAGCCGGCCAUCCAGAACACGAACUGGUUCUCCGGCUACCUCAUCUUCGGCGCUGGCCUGGCCGUCGGCCUGGUCAAUCUGUUCUGCGGCAUCGCUGUGGGCAUUGUGGGUUCGGGUGCCGCCCUCUCGGACGCCGCCAAUGCUGCGCUGUUCGUCAAGAUCCUGAUUGUGGAGAUCUUCGGCUCGGCCAUCGGUCUGUUCGGCCUCAUCGUGGGCAUCUACAUGACCUCCAAGUCCAAGAUGGGCGACAAGGAGUAGGCGCCGUCGCCAGCCAUCCAGU